AUGGUUUGGAGUAGUAUUUUACUGAGCGGAUUGGUUGGUGCAGUGUUUUCUCACCCUGCUAUACUUCUGCCUGAACCUUCAGAGGUUCCUUCAGCACCGGAACCCAUCGUUCAGCUGAUUGAAGAAUGUUUUAGGCACAAUUCUAGAACUCUGUACUUCGUUGGGAUGGAAAAGCUUAUCAUGUAUCAGAGCUACGUGGCGUUACCUUACCCGAAAGUGAUUCUUCAUAGUGGAAUCUCCAUAGGCACACCGGACGAGGCAUGUUUGCUUGUACUGUACGUGGAUUGUAGCUCACGGAACUCUAUGUUCGCUGCACUGAAAAGGAUAACGCGAGACUUUACCCGAAUCGUCCGAAAUGGCAAAUAUCUCGUACUGGUUGACGAUGUACAACUAGCGAAAGAAAACAUAGCCAUUGCGAUAAGUCUUGGCUCCUUCUUUGCUACUUACAACAUCGUGUACUGGGUCCUGACUGCGAUACACCAUCCGCAGGAACUGCAAUACACGCUGUUUUUCGCAUCGAACGUUUACUUCAUGAACGGACCACUAAAACACGCCCCAGCGUUCGAGUGGAACCGUGGACUGUUGCGCAAUACCACGUUCGAAAUCUAUGGCCAAGCGUUGCUGGCUUUUCCAUACACCCAUUACAAAGGGGGAGGACCGUUUCGUGGCAUAGAUAUGAGCAUUUUCCAGAACGUGAUGGAAAGAAUCGGCUGCAAACUGCGGGUAAUGAUUGUCGAACAGACGGAAAACUCUGAAAGUGAUCGAGCAAAUAUUAUGACCCGUUUGCAUGAUAUGAAGCUGGACGUAAUGUUGACACGCCGUGACGUCGACACUGGCACCCUGCCGGUGGUUUACAUUCCCGACUUUACGUACUACUGUCUGGUUGCUCCACGGUUCACGGAGAUUGAUUUGACGCGUUCCCUGCUGCGUCCCUUCUCGUCCGAUGUGUGGUGGUUUAUUGUGACGUGUUGUGCGUGUAUCUACCUGUUGAAGGAAGUGCUGAACCACAAAACUCCGCUAAAGGUACUGUUAAUGAGACGAUUUAAGUUUGCACUACCAUUUUACCGCCUUAGUGUGGCGAUCAUUUGCUUUGUACUGUUCGAGUCGUACCUUGCGAAGGUGACUUCCUUCUUUCUAGCGUAUCGCUUUAUACCAGAUGCGAAAACGUUGGAUGAAUUUUUCGCUACAGGUAUACCGAUUCGGCUAAUGGAGAGCUCUGAUCGGUUUCUGGAUGUUCUUGAACCUCACCUAAAGGAGCUGAUUGUGGCACGGGGCAUUGACGGUGCGGAAUGUGAGGAGUUUUCUAGAGAGUGUGCCCAUUUGGAUAGUUUUGCCCGUGCAUCGUACGAGAUAAAUGAAAACAUUGGCAUUGAUCCUGUGACUGGUAGAAAGCAGUCCUAUAUUGUGCCGGAGAUGCUGAUAGGCUUCAACUAUCUAUCGUACUGCUUUGCCCGUGGCUCAACGUUAACCGAUCUCGUUGCGGUGUAUCUGCAGCUUAUGUAUGAGACGGGAUUAAUGCGAUUGUACCAGCGUCAGUACGAGCAGUAUCUGCUACCGAAUAAUUACGUACAUAUCGUGACGGAAAGUUCGCUUGAGUUUGAUCAUCUGAUGUCGUUGUGGAUCUGUGUGAGCAUCGGUUGGGGAUUAUCGAUUAGUGUGUUUGCUGUGGAGUUGGUGUAUAGUCGGUUGGUAAGGAUGAGCCAAAUGGGCGGCAGGUUUAGAAAGAAGGCUAAGAAAGUUAAAAAACGUGCAUGGCAGAAAGCAGAAGGCUAG